CGACCAUCCUCAUCAACACCCACCGAUAGUACGGUCUCGCGCCUGUUCCGCGACCUGAACCUCGGACAUGACGCCGCACGACUACUCCUACAUCUUUGCCAUUGGCACCUUCUUCGCCCUCCUCGAUGCCUACAACAAUGGCGCAAAUGAUGUGGCAAACUCGUGGGCGACUAGUGUCUCUUCACGGUCCAUCUCGUACCGCCAGGCCAUGAUUCUCGGCACCAUCUUCGAAACCCUUGGUGCCAUCACCGUCGGUGCCCGUACCGCUGAGACCAUCAAGAACGGCAUCAUCCCGUUGACGGCCUUCCACGACAACGCUGGCGUGCAAAUGCUGGCGUUCACUUGCGCUCUCGCUGCUGCCUCGUCUUGGGUCAUGUGGUGCACUCGGCACUCGGCCCACGUCUCGUCGACCUACUCGCUGGUGUCGGCCGUGGCCGGUGUCGGCGUGGCCACGGUCGGUGCGGCCAACGUGCAGUGGGGGUGGAACGGCGGCAAGGGCCUCGGGGCUAUCUUCGCCGGGCUGUUCAUGGCCCCCGCCAUCGCCGGCGGCUUUGGCGCCACCAUCUUCAUGCUCAUCAAGCUCACGGUGCACAUGCGCAAGAACCCGGUGCCGUGGGCCGUGUGGACGUCGCCCUUCUUCUUUCUCAUCGCCGGCACCAUCUGCACCCUGUCCAUCGUCUACAAGGGCUCGCCCAAUCUCGGCCUCAACAAGAAGUCGCCAGAGUACGUGGUUGCCGUCACCCUGGGCACCGGCGCCGGCGUGUGUCUGCUGUCGGCCAUCUUCUUCGUCCCCUUUGUGCACGCCAAGACCAUCAAGAAGGACGUUGGCGUCAAGUGGUGGAUGUUUGUCUACGGGCCCCUCUUGUUCAAGCGCCCCGUGGUGGCCGUUGCCGACCGCGCCAACGUGCCCAACUAUGCCGUCGUCCAGGAAGACGAGCCCGAGCAGCUGCCGACCACGGCAACGCGCUCGCCCGCCGAGUCGGUAGGCGACGACGAGAACCUCAAGGGCGCCGAGAUCGGAGAUGCCCCCAACGCACCGCACGCACUGCCGGCAAGCCACGAGAAGAGCCUUGCCGCCGCCGAGGUGGCCCCCCCUCUCACGUACAAGGAGCUCAACGCGCUGAGCGACAGGCGGCUGCACGAGAAGCUGCUCAAGAAUCGCGGCCCCAUCGGCUGGGCCAUGCGGUGGCUGCGCGACAACCCCAUGGGCCCUGGCCAGAUAUACGAGCUCCAGAACCUCAAGAUGCUCUUCAAGCGCUUCCCCGCCCAGGUCACUGUCGCCCUCCUCUACGGCGCCCACUACGACAUCCACGCCGCCCAGACCGGCAUCUCGGGCACCCCCGAGGGCGCCCGCAUGGCGCGCGUCUAUGCGCACGCCGAGAAAUACCCCAACGAGGUCGAACACACGUACUCGUUCGUCCAGGUUCUCACGGCCUGCACUGCCUCGUUUGCACAUGGCGCCAACGACAUUGGAAACUCGGUUGGCCCGUGGGCCGUCAUCUACUCGGCCUGGUCCACCGGCAAGGCCACGACUGCCUCGGCUUCGGUUCCCGUGUGGCAGCUUGCCGUCCUCGCCCUCACCAUCUCGUUUGGCCUGCUGACCUACGGUUACAACAUCAUGAAAGUCAUGGGCAACAAGAUCACCUAUCACUCGCCCAGUCGUGGCAGCUCCAUGGAGAUGGGCGCUGCCAUCACCGUCCUCGUCUUCUCCCAGUACUCUCUCCCCGUGUCGACGUCCAUGUGCAUCACGGGCGCCACUGUCGGAGUCGGCCUUUGCAACGGCACUCUCAAGGCUGUCAACUUCCAACGGGUGGGCCUGCUCGCCCUCUCGUGGAUUCUUACCAUCCCCAUCGCAGGAACCCUCGCCGGUGUUCUCAUGGGUCUUUUCCUGAACGCCCCCCACUUUGCCUAGGCCUAACCUGAGGGAGCCUACCUAGAUAGUCGUCCAGGCACCUGACACCCAGCUAGUCACUCGCUAAUUAGGCCUCGGAUUGGCACGGCAUCUGUGCCGCAGCCAAGGCGGAGAGUUGAGAUCAUGUUCUUUAUAAUCUAACCAUUAUCUGGACUGCCCCGGCUAGGCACAUGGAGACUGCUAAAUACAAUUAUAAUGUAGCUUAAUACCCAUCGCUUCUUCACCGG